AUGGCUACUAACAUCACUUGGCAUGCGAACUUGUCGUACGACGAGCGUAAGGAUUUGCGGAAACAGCACGGAUGCACUGUGUGGCUGACUGGUCUGAGUGCCUCCGGGAAGAGCACUGUUGCGUGUGCGUUGGAGCAAUUGCUGUUGCAGAAGGGUCUCUCCGCGUACCGUCUGGAUGGGGACAACAUCCGGUUUGGGUUGAACAAGGACCUUGGGUUUAGCGAGGCGGACCGGAACGAGAACAUCCGGCGGAUCAGCGAGGUGUCGAAGUUGUUUGCCGAUUCGUGUACGAUCUCGAUCACCUCGUUUAUCUCGCCGUACAAGGCGGACCGGAACCGGGCAAGACAACUUCAUAAGGAGGCCGGGUUGAAGUUCAUUGAGGUGUUUGUGGAUGUUCCCUUAGAGGUUGCCGAGCAAAGGGACCCUAAGGGUCUGUACAAGAAGGCGCGGGAGGGCGUCAUCAAGGAGUUCACGGGUAUUUCUGCGCCGUACGAGGCACCCGAGAACGCUGAAUUGCAUCUGAGAACGGACCUCAAGAGUGUUGAGGAAUGUGCCAGUAUCAUCUACGAGUACUUGCGGACUGAGAAGGUUAUUUAA